GAAGAGGGAGGGGAAUGGAUGUGAUCAGCGUGGGUCGCCGGAGCUCCCACAGCCUGCUCCUUAUAACCUGUCCUUGACGGGACAUUCCCGGACGAGAUUGAGUCAUGAGCUGCCCAUGAGAGUGCAGAAGUGCUGAUUUGUCCUCCGCAUCCGGCGCUCUCUGAUGGGAGGCAGUGCCGGCUUCGGCUGGGACUGGGGAUGCUGAGUGGGGAGAGGGAGGGCCUGUUUGAGCUGGGACAGCAGCUCCAGCAGCAGGGGGAGUACCAGGCCGCCCUGCACUGUUUCCUCAGCUGCCUGCUUGGACUGACUCAUGUGCAGAGCUUCACCUCUCUGCCCAACUGCUUGCACCAGAUUGCAGAACUGUUCAUCACCGAAAAGAAUUAUGGGAAGGCCCUCCAGUUCAUCCAAGCUGAAAAAAUGUUCUACGAGGUCGCACUGAUCGAGCUCACCGCUCUGCACGGGAGCACAGGGCUCCAGGAAGAGCCUUCGCUGGGCUCUGCAGGACGGGCGACCCCAGAGGAGCUCUCGGAGCAGGCCUCCCAGGCACAACACCUCGAGCGGCUGGCCCACCUCUGCAUCAUGAGCAAACAACCUCAUCUUGCGCUAGAGUACAGUGGUAAGGCUGCCCAGAUCCACCAGAGGGCCUUUGGUAACGACCAUCCAAUAACAGCCAGAAGCCUGGAGUUUAUGGCCACAGUCUAUGCUGAGAUUGGCAAGACUGAAUAUUCAGACUCCCUGGGUCAGUGUGUGUCUGCGCUGUCCAAACGCUUCGUUGCUGCUGAGUGCAUCAGGGACACAGUCAACUGUUUUCCUCAUUCACAUCCGGAAAAACACUCAGAGGUUCGCCACAGAAAGGACUCUCGCCACCAACAGUUUAUCAAGGGGAAAAUCCCCACAUCCAUCCUCAAGAAGCCAAGCCCCACUUACGGGUCAGAUACAGAAGCCACCCAAAGACGGAGAGGCGAGCGGAGAGUUCGAUUCCGGGAGCCGGAAACCACAGUGCAUGCCUAUGAGACGACGCCCUCCCGCCCUCACCUGGUCCUUUUCGCUUGCAUCUUCCUGAUGAUGUCCUUCGUUGGCAUCGCCAUGUACUGUACAGAUCGGCGGCGUCCGCAGCGAGUGUGCGAGCAGCUGGAGGCCGCUCUGGCUGUCUACCUGCUUCACAUGAAGCAGCUUGUGUGGGGUUGUUGGAUAUGGCUGACCAUGCAGUGAUGGGGACCAACCACAGGAGGAGACAUAUACUGCGUGCAACCUUUGUGGUGAAACAUGCAGCCGACCGGUAGCUCCCAUGUGUGGAAAGCUGUUAGAUUUAUUUGAUAUCCUUGACAUCCAAGGUCCAUGUAGUAGUACCCUCUUAGUCCUCACUGGUAUGACAAUUCACCGUUACUAGUAAUGUUUUUUUCCCCCACUAUUACUGACUCUUGUGGCAUACAUGUAUGCAGUUAAACCUCACUAGUAAAUUACUGUGCUGUACUAAUACUAGUAGUAGUACGACUGUAACACUGUGGACCCAAUUUAUUGGCAUGUGUUUCGGACUAGUAGCCUCCUGGACCCUACGUAUAGCGGCAAAAUGCCCACUAGUAGUUUUACCUCCAUAGUAACAUGUAGUUCUCCUACGAAUAUGCCACGCUACUAAUGUGCAGAAAUGUCAUAAAAUAGUGAUUUUUUUAUUUUUAUUUUUUUUUACCAAUAAGACAGCUGCUCUAGCGAGGAAAAAGAGUGUACUAGUACAUGGACUUUAAACUGGAUAUUAAGGAUACUGAAUAAAUGCUUUCCCAAACCAAGCUCGUUUGUGUAUGUUUACAUUCGCACUGCGUUGGUGUCACAACUUCUUAUUCCUCCCAUUCAUAUGUUUUGCACAUUUACGCUCACAUAUUGCUUGCCGCACUUUAUUCUUCAGCUGGGCUCUAUUGUAAAUAUUGUAUGUUAUUUACAUUGAAUGCAAAUAUUUAUUUUGGUCCAGUACAUGAUUUGUGUAUAUGUGACAUGCAAUUGAAUGUGUUUGUGCAAUACACUAACAAAUAUCAUAAUAUUCAGCUUUGUAUUUGUCUGUGACACACAAUUAGACACACUUACACAAUCCAAUGGAAGAGCCACAUCAAGUGUAAUGUGGGCUUUAUAAAGAUGAUCAUUCAGUUAUUUUGGUGAGAUGUUUAUUACCACUUCGACUACGACAAAUAACCAUUGUUAAAUUAAUACAAUCUCGGUCAAUACCAAGUGUUUUUAUCUUUGUAAAGGUUGUUUGUAUGUAAAACUGGUAUUGGAUCUCAUUAGCUUGUGCAGGUGUAUUUAAUGUGUCCUGUGAGUCUAUUUGUCAGCUGUAAUUCGUGCAAAAUGUGGAAGAGGCCACAAGCUGCUCAAUGAUGAUGUUAACGAGAUUGCUUUCUGUCACAUUCCAAGACUGGUCGACAAAUCAUCUGAAAACCAUCCCUAAAAGCAUAAGGUUUCGAACUGUUAAAGAUUAUCUGUUACGUUUCAUUGCAAAAGCAAUAAUUAGAUUUCCUUUGUGGUGACAGAUGCUAAUCAAGCUUUAGAUAAAUGUGUGGAUGAGUGACAGCUGGAGCAUAUUCAACUUAUAUAAAGGUAUUUUGAGGCCAAACACAGACGACAAAUAGAACCAGCUGUUAUGUCAGCCCUCUUUAUCAAACCAUAAUUCAAACCACCAUAUGCAUUUAUAGGCACACAAUCACACUGUACCUCUCAUUAUGAGCAAUAACUCGUAUCCCAUAUUUACCAUUAUAACAUAGUUCUUCAUGUAAUGGAUUUCAGGGAAAGUAGAUUUUGUCAAACCAAUAUCUCAUAUAUAUAAUACUUGUUUGGAAGCAAAGAGGCUAUACUCUUGUAAACAAAGCUGCCAAUGGUAAUGAAAAAAUGUGUAUGCACAGUUACCUUCGCUGCAUUUCAGGUCACUUUGUAAGAAGUGCCUUUAUGGACUGUUUUUUUGGUACCUUCUGUUUUGUGAUUUCAGCUGUUUUCAAUAAAACUCAUCAAAUGGU